AAAAUGGAACAAAACUGAAAGUAAAUAAUAUUUUAAUAAAAAAAAUUAAAUAAGCCCGAAUUAGAAAACCAAUUGUUAGAAAAACAACCAGACCGGACUGAAUUGAAAUUUAUAUAAGCCCGAAAAAUAUAUAAAAUAUUAAAAUUUUCUAUUAAGAAGAAAAUGAUAGAAGGAAUAAAGAAUUGUUUUGAAAAACAAAGGGCAUAAACUUUUUUGUAAACGUUUUCCCACUCCCAUUUUAUUCUUCUUAUUUUCUUUUAAAAUCCGAUUCCAAACACAAUGAAAGCAGGUAAGAAGAAGAGCAAAACGUACCAAAAUGGCUGACCUAGAUCGAACCAGAAACCAACUGCCUCUCAUCCAGCAGCACAAAGAGAAGCAUUUCACCGCCGGUGAGAUCGUCCGCGACAUUAUCAUCGGCGUCUCCGAUGGCCUCACCGUCCCCUUCGCUCUCGCCGCCGGUCUAUCCGGCGCCAAUGCUUCCUCUUCCAUCGUUCUCACUGCCGGAAUCGCAGAGGUAGCCGCUGGCGCCAUCUCCAUGGGACUCGGCGGAUACCUAGCGGCGAAAAGCGAGGCGGAUCAGUACAAGAAGGAGCUGAGGAGGGAAGAAGAGGAAAUCGUCUUAGUUCCUGAUACUGAAGCAGCCGAAGUGGCAGAGAUUUUGAGUCAAUAUGGAAUAGACGAAUAUGGACCCGUUGUUAAUUCUCUCAGAAAAAAUCCUCAAGCUUGGCUUGAUUUCAUGAUGAGGUUUGAGCUGGGAUUGGAAAAGCCAGAGCCAAAAAGAGCCAUACAGAGUGCCCUAACCAUUGCCAUCUCCUACAUCUUAGGAGGCUUAAUCCCUUUAAUUCCUUACAUGUUUUUCCCAAAAGCUUCCGAGGCUGUUGUUGCAUCCGUUGUCUUAACUUUGGUGGCACUCUUGGUUUUUGGCUAUGCCAAGGGUUACUUUACCGACAAUAAACCCGUCAUGAGCGCUGUCCAAACCGCCUUCAUCGGAGCCAUAGCAUCAGCGGCCGCUUUCGGUAUGGCCAAGCUUGUCCAACCGCGUCAACCUUAAGGCUUGUUUAUAUUAGAUUAUUAAAAUACUUUAUAAGCAUGGUGUAUGCGUAAAUAAUGAAAUAAAACUUUGUAUGUGUCAUCCAUUCAAAAUAAUUCUCAUAGAUGACAAUUUGAAGUCAGACAAGAAAUGUGUUAAAAUGAUUAGAGAUUGACUUUUGAUAUAAUAAAAA